AUGCUGCCCCUCGGGCUCCUCAACGCGGCGCAAGGCCACCCAAUGCUGGUCGAACUCAAGAACGGCGAGACACUCAACGGCCAUCUAGUACAAUGCGACACAUGGAUGAACCUAACCCUGCGCGAGGUGGUGCAGACGAGUCCAGAAGGUGACAAGUUUGUGCGGCUACCGGAGGUUUAUGUUAAGGGAAAUAAUAUCAAAUACCUGCGCGUCCCGGACGAGAUUAUCGACAUUGUGAGGGAACAACAGAGUCAACAGGGCGGAUACCGUGGCGGGCGCGGUGGGCAAGGGAGGGGUGACCACGGUGGUCGCGGUGGUGAUAGGGGACGUGGUGGGAGAGGGCGAGGAGGUGGAAGGGGUGGGAGGGGUAGGGGGUCAUGA